AUGGCGACUAAGAGAGUUCAUAUUACGAGCCUCAAGCUCAUCAAGCCAGUUGAUGCCUCUGAUGAGGCUAAGGAAAACGAAAUAUGCGGCUUACACAAGCUGUGCAACGAUUCGCACCCUGACGCAAGCCAAGAGGACCCCGGCACGCGACUGAGAGCACUCCUCGACAAGUACAGCACCAUUUUUGACGACACCCUUUGCAAGAUGGAAGGUGAGCAAGCUACCUUGUUUCUGAAGGAAAACCGUCCAAAGUUCCUCAAAGCUCGAAACGUGCCCUACGCGUUGCGAGUGUAUCAAGAUGGCUCAACGCAAGCAUAUUGCAGCGGACGGGGCCAGUGUCGUACGAGGUCAAAGUGCAGACACCCAACGGACACUGUGGGUGGAGGCGACACAAGGACCACUUGCUACGAGCCUCUGCUGCGACGACGACGUCUCCAUUUGCAGUGGAGGAGGAGGCCGAAAUGUGUUAUCCAGCUCUUGCAGUGGGUCCACCACCAUCAGCCGCUCUCUCCGAAACUAGGUCUGCACCCAUGGUCAGUGGAAGCAGCCCUACGAAGCGGUACCCUCAACGAGUUAGGAAGCCACCUGACCAAUACCAGCCAUCCUGACUCUCCAAACUGCGGUGGAGGAAGCGAUACGAGCAGCCGCAGUUCCAGCCGUGAUAAGUGACGUGCCAAGUGACGUCAGCAGGGGCGCUACAAAUAGUGAGCACCUGCAUGAG